AUGUCGCAAAUUCUUAUUAAUUCAGUGAAUCAGAUAAACGCUUCACGAGACUCGACCGAAUCGAAUUUUUCUUUGCCGCAAACGGUGACGAGUUCGGAAACGACUCUCGCGGUGUCGACCGGAAACAAUCUUAAUGUCACUCCGCCCGACAUCCCCGACGAGACGUUGGAAGCACGACGAGAAAAUUUCCGAGCAAUCUCACCAAUUUACCCGGUUGAAAAAACGAAUUCCGAUGAAAAAAGUGAUGAAGAAACGUUGAAAUUGCUUUCAUCUCGCGAAGGAAAUUCUUCGGAGAGUGAGGUAAAUGAAAAAGCAAAUGAUAUAAAUAAUACAUCGGCAUCACAACUCGUUUGGGACAAUUGUUACGAAACCUCGUAUAGAGAUAACCACCAAGUGAAUGCAAAAGUCCACUACGACAUGGAAAAUGCGCAUCGCCUCGAGAUUGACAAUGGUGGAAUGUUGAAAAACAGGGAGUUUCUAGAAAAUAACGGUUCACUCGCAGUAAGGAAUUGGCUGGAGAAAUAUAACAACCUGAAGAAUUCAAUAGCGGCGCGUAAGUCUACCACGGAGAUGACGACGGAAAUAUCUUCUAUUGCCUCCAAGGAUUAUUUCGACGAGGCUCCAAUGGAUAUCGGCAUGAUGAAAGUGAAUUCCGUACAAAUAUUGCCAAUAACGAAAGAAAUUGUUAGAGAUUACGAGUUCUCGGAACCCUAUAACGUGACUGUUGAUGUACUUGUAACAGAAAAUAACAUCAAAGCGAGUUACAAUGACGAUUGGUUCGAAGGGGAGGAUAGGACGAAAAUAAAAUUUAGUAGUAUGCCGCAGACACAAACCUAUUUGAUACCGAAAUUCAAACUUGAAGAGGGAUUUCACCCUUUUAGUUUUAUGUCGCAGUUUUUUUCGAUGAUAUAUCCUUUCGAUUUUCCCGUCGGUCUUAUCAAGGAUAUUGUGUGGGGAAAAUUUACAUUUCCAUAUUCAUUUUUACAGGUAAUUUAA